AUGGUCGAUUCAUUCCCUCACCGGCGCGUAGUGAUUUCUAAUCUCGAUCUCGGCUCAGACAAUGGCAACGGCAAGACUGAACCUGGAGUGGAGGUAGUCACAGAUAACUUGGUGACAGAAAAUAUGUUCGACGGCCUGCUGCAGAGAACCAAGAUUGGGACUGUCUCGGCUGUCCCUGCCAGCAAUGAAGCGCUUGGCCUGCCGGUCUUUGCUGACGUCCCUGGAAGUGGGAUAGUCUUGCCAGGCGGAGUGAACGUGUACUUCUUGGAUUUGGCUCCUGGAUACACCACCCCGAUGCAUCGAACUCCAUCAGUCGACUACGUUGCUGUCACCCAGGGAACGCCUGUUCUUAUCACACCAAAGGCUGCUUUCAGCGCCAACAAUGAUCAGGCUGACUACGAAGAAACUGUCGAAAGCCUGCUUCGGCCGGGAGAUGUUGCCGUUCAACGGGGGGCAAUGCACUCAACUAACGAGUGGGUUCGCAUGAUCGGCAUGGUAGUCGACGCAAAGCCCUCCGAAGCUACGGUAGAUGGAAAGCGAUUGGAGCUUGGCGAGAGAUGGCUUCAGUAA